UUCACAUUAAUUGAUUUUCUUUUUUUUAUACAGAGUUGGGAAGAUCGUUUGCUUCGUAUCCAAGGAACCAUUGAUGAGUGGGUAAAAGUGCAGACUCAAUGGCUUUACCUGGAACCCAUUUUCUCCUCUCAGGACAUCAUGCAUCAGAUUCCAGAGGAGGGACGUCUUUUCCAAACUGUUGAUAAAAUCUGGAGAGAGGUCAUGAGACACUGUGUCAAGGACCCUAAGAUCCUACCAGCAACAUCACUGCCUGAUUUACUUGAAAAGCUACAGGAAUCCAAUAACUUACUGGACACAAUUAUGAAAGGUCUAAAUGCAUAUCUUGAAAAGAAGCGCCUUUUCUUUCCAAGGUUCUUUUUCUUGUCAAAUGAUGAAAUGUUAGAGAUUUUGUCAGAGACCAAGGAUCCCUUGCGAGUUCAGCCACACCUUAAAAAGUGUUUUGAGGGUAUCUCUAAACUGGACUUCUUACCCAAUUUGGAUAUCCAGGCCAUGUAUAGCAGUGAAGGGGAGCGUGUUGCCCUUGUCCAGAACAUUUCCACAGUAGAGGCCAAAGGGGCAGUGGAGAAGUGGCUGGUGCAGGUGGAGGAUGUGAUGCUGCGCAGUGUUAAUGAUGUGAUUGCUCGUUCGAGAGAAGCCUAUGCUGAAACCACCCGCAGCCAGUGGGUGAGGGAGUGGCCUGGACAGGUGGUGCUUUGUACUUCACAAAUCUUUUGGACAUUGGAAGUACAUGAAGCUAUUAGAGCAGGGGUUUUGAAAAAGUACUAUGAGCAGCUCCAAAGUCAGUUGAAUGACAUUGUGGAGCUUGUGAGAGGAAAACUGGCCAAACAAACUCGAACCACUUUGGGAGCACUGGUCACAAUAGAUGUACAUGCCAGAGAUGUCAUCAUGGAGCUCAUUGAGAAAGGUGUAUCAAAAGAUACAGACUUCCAGUGGCUGGCCCAGCUCCGGUACUACUGGACCAACGACAAUGUGCAUGUUAGAAUUAUCAACUGUGAUGUCAAGUAUGCUUAUGAAUAUCUUGGCAACUCUCCACGUUUAGUCAUCACUCCACUGACAGACAGAUGUUACCGAACUCUGAUUGGGGCUUUCUACCUAAACCUGGGUGGUGCUCCUGAGGGUCCAGCAGGAACAGGGAAAACUGAAACCACAAAGGAUUUGGCCAAAGCACUUGCUGUUCAGUGUGUUGUGUUUAACUGUUCAGAUGGGUUGGAUUAUCUUGCAAUGGGCAAGUUUUUCAAAGGUCUGGCAUCUUCAGGUGCAUGGGCGUGUUUUGAUGAGUUCAAUCGAAUUGAACUGGAGGUGCUUUCUGUCGUGGCUCAACAAGUGCUGUGUAUUCAGAGAGCCAUUGAGCAGAAGCUGGAGUACUUUGAUUUUGAAGGAACAACACUCAAACUUAAUCCCAACUGCUUUGUGUCCAUCACCAUGAACCCAGGCUAUGCAGGGCGAUCGGAACUACCUGACAAUCUUAAGGUUUUAUUUCGAACUGUUGCCAUGAUGGUCCCAAACUAUGCUUUGAUUGCUGAGAUCUCGCUGUAUUCGUACGGCUUUCUGAAUGCCAAACCAUUGUCAGUGAAGAUAGUAAUGACCUACAGACUGUGCUCAGAGCAGCUUUCCUCCCAGUUUCACUACGACUAUGGCAUGAGGGCCGUAAAAGCUGUACUUGUGGCAGCUGGAAAUCUCAAACUGAAGUAUCCAGAAGAGAAUGAGGAUAUACUGCUCCUGAGAUCUAUAAAAGAUGUUAAUGAGCCUAAAUUUCUGUCUCAUGAUAUUCCUCUAUUCAAUGGGAUUACCAGCGAUUUGUUUCCUGGAAUCUCCCUUCCUAAAGCUGACUAUCAGUUGUUUUAUAAAGCUGCUGAAGAGUGCUGCAAAAGCCACAAUGUCCAACCUACUCAAGUAUUUUUAGAGAAGAUGAUUCAGACAUAUGAGAUGAUGAUUGUGAGACAUGGUUUCAUGUUGGUUGGAGAAUCUUUUGCGGGAAAGACCAAAGUUCUACAUGUUCUAGCAGACACACUGACUCUGAUGAAUGAACAGGGUCAAGAGGAGGAGAAGGUCAUUUACAGGACACUGAACCCUAAGUCCAUCACUAUGGGGCAGCUCUUCGGGCAGUUUGAUUUGGUUUCCCAUGAGUGGACAGAUGGUAUUGUGGCUAACACGUUUAGGGAAUUUGCAUCAGCUGAGACACCAGAACGUAAAUGGGUAGUGUUUGAUGGACCCAUAGAUACUCUGUGGAUUGAGAGCAUGAACACAGUACUUGAUGAUAACAAAAAGCUGUGUCUGAUGAGUGGUGAGAUUAUUCAGAUGUCCAAUCAGAUGAGCCUUAUCUUUGAGGCUAUGGAUCUUUCACAAGCUUCUCCUGCUACAGUCAGUAGAUGUGGUAUGAUCUAUAUGGAGCCAUCUCAGUUAGGCUGGGAGCCUUUAGUUCUUUCUUGGUUCAAUACUCUUCCAGAGGAUUUACAAAGUCCAGUGAGCAGGACCCUUUUGUUAGAACUAUUUCACUGGCUUUUACCCCCUGCCCUGAGAAUGCUGCGCAAAUACUGCAAGGAAGUUGUCCCGACUAGUGACAGUAACACUGUGACCUCACUGUGUCGUCUGUUUGAAAUGCUGCUAUCUGAACCUGUCAAGACACACCCUGAAGACAAAAUCCUUCAUGUUUGGAUUAAGGCUGCCUUUGCCUUCUCUCUAGUGUGGUCAGUAGGGGGCAGUUGUGAUGCACAGAGCCGGGGGAAGUUUAAUGAGUUCUUUAGAACCACUUUAACAGGAAAGACAGACAAAAACCCUAUUCCUGAGGCCAUUGGGAAAUGGGAAUGUCCACUAGAUGAAAAAGGUUUAGUUUACGACUACUUUUAUGAGUUUAAAGGUAAAGGUCGCUGGAUUCAUUGGAAUGACGGCAUCAAGAAUGUCAACUUAGGGGGCAAAAAUACCAAAGUGCAAGAGAUAAUUGUUCCCACAAUUGACACGGUCCGUUAUACAUACCUUAUGGACCUAUGCAUCACAUAUGGAGUGCCUAGUUUGUUUGUUGGCCCCACUGGCACUGGGAAGUCUGUGUAUAUCAAGGACAAACUAUUGAACAAUUUAGACAAAGAUCUCUAUCUACCCUUUUUCAUCAACUUUUCAGCACGCACAAGUGCCAAUCAGACACAAAAUAUCAUCAUGUCCAGAUUAAAUAAGCGAAGACAGGGAGUCUAUGGGCCCCCAAUUGGAAAGAAGUGCAUAAUAUUUGUCGAUGAUGUGAAUAUGCCAGCGCUGGAACAGUUUGGAGCACAACCACCAGUGGAACUUCUCAGACAGUUCAUGGACCAUGGAAACUGGUAUGAUCUCAAGGACACAUCCAGAAUCUGCCUAGUAGACGUUCAAUUUAUCUCUGCAAUGGGUCCCCCUGGUGGAGGAAGAAAUGCUGUUACAUCUCGCUUCCUGAGACACUUUAACAUCUGCAGUAUUAAUGCCUUCAGUGAUGAUACAAUGGUUCGCAUAUUCUCCAACAUAAUGUCCUUUUAUCUAAAAAACAAUGAGUUUACCCCUGAAUAUUUCACCAUUGGCAAUCAAAUUGUCACAGCCACCAUGGAGGUUUACAAGAAGGCCAUGGAGUACUUGCUUCCUACUCCAGCCAAAUCACAUUACACUUUUAACCUGCGUGACUUCUCUCGAGUGGUGAUCCAAGGCUGUCUACUCCUGAAGAAACAGUCGCUUAAAAGCAAACAAACUAUGAUCCGCUUGUUUGUUCACGAGGUUUUCCGAGUCUACUACGACCGCUUGGUGGAUGACAGUGACCGCACCUGGCUUUACCGGCUAAUGAGCAACAUUCUUCACGAUAACUUCAAAGAAUCAUUUGAUCAAGUCUUUGAACAUCUAAAAACGGGCAAGCAACUUGUGGAAGAGGACAUGCGUAAUCUUUUAUUUGGUGACUACAUGACCCCUGACUUGGAAGAUGAGGACCGUCUGUAUGCUGAAGUGCCAUCAGUGGACAAAUUUGCUAAAGUGGUGGAGUCCUGUCUGGUAGAAUACAACCAGAUGAACAAGAGCCGCAUGAACCUUGUUAUAUUUCUUUAUGUUUUAGAGCACCUGUCUCGGAUUAGUCGUGUGUUAAAGCAACCUGGUGGGAAUGCUCUGCUGGUGGGUUUGGGAGGCAGUGGUCGACAGUCCAUAACCCGUCUAGCCACUUUUAUGGCCCACAUGACCAUGUUUCAGCCUGAAAUCUCCAAGAGCUACGGCUUGACCGAGUGGAGGGAUGAUAUCAAGAUGCUGAUGAAAAAUGCUGGGGUGAAAGGUCAGAAGACUGUGUUUCUCCUCACGGAUACUCAAAUCAAAGAUGAAGCAUUUCUUGAGGAUGUGGACAGUGUCCUGAACACCGGAGAGGUUCCUAAUCUCUUUGCUGUAGAUGAAAAGCAAGAGAUAAUAGAGGUAAACUAUACUACAAUUAACUACUUAAAUGAUUUUCAGUAUUUUUUCUUAUUUUGUUAUUUUUUUCCAUAGGCCAUACGCCCUAUUGCUCAGGCUGGUAACAAGAAUGUGGAGCUGAGUCCUUUGACUCUGUUUGCCUUUUUUAUUGCACGCUGCAGAGAAAACCUGCACAUUGUGGUGGCCUUCAGUCCAAUUGGAAAUGCAUUUAGAAACAGAUUGCGACAGUUUCCAUCUCUCAUUAACUGCUGCACUAUUGACUGGUUUCAGCCAUGGCCAGAAGAAGCUCUUGAGAGAGUAGCUAUUUCAUUCCUGAAGACACUAGAAAUGACUGAAAUAGAGCGACAUGAGGUUAUACCAAUAUGUAAAACAUUCCACACUUCUCUAAAGCAGCUCUCUGAUAGAUUUCUGUCAGAACUUGGCCGUUAUAACUAUGUGACUCCUACAUCCUAUUUGGAGCUCAUGGCAGCUUUUCGGCUGCUACUUACUGAAAAAAGAGACAUUGUUAUGAAGGCAAAGUUAUUGAAGUUGAGUCAGAAGAAGUGGAAGCUAAGAGUAAAACCUGUUCGUGUUGAUGAAGAAGCAGCGACUGUAAAAGCAAAUGAGGCCCAAGCUUUAAAGAAUGAGUGUGAGAGUGAUUUGGCUGAAGCCAUCCCUGCCCUAGAGACUGCUCUUGCAGCCUUAGAUACUUUGAAGCCUUCUGAUGUCACUAUUGUGAAGUCAAUGAAAAACCCACCAUCAGGAGUGAAGCUUGUGAUGGCUGCUGUGUGUGUAAUGAAGGAUAUAAAACCAGAUAAAGUCCCUGACCCCACUGGAACUGGUAAAAAGAUUUUUGACUACUGGGGACCAAGCAAGAAGCUACUGGGUGAUAUGAAUUUUUUACGAGAUCUAAAAGAGUACGACAAGGACAAUAUUCCUGCAGCUGUGAUGCAAAAGAUUCGCACCGAGUACAUGACUAAUCCCGAAUUCGACCCCAGUAUAGUGGCGAAGGCAUCUUCAGCAGCAGAGGGCCUUUGUAAAUGGAUAAAAGCAAUGGAAGAGUAUGACAGAGUGGCUAAGGUUGUAGCCCCAAAGAAAGCCAAUCUGGCAGUAGCCCAAGAGUCUCUUGCAACCACUAUGGCCCUGUUGGACCGAAAGAGAGCUGAGCUCAAAGAGGUUGAGGAUCGUUUGGCUGCUCUUCAAAAAACAUUUGAAGAAAAGACAGAAGAAAAGGCACAAUUAGAGUUCCAGGUAGAUUUGUGUGCAAGGAAACUGGAGAGAGCUGAAAAGCUUAUUGGUGGUCUUGGAGGAGAGAAGACAAGGUGGCGUAAAGCGGCAGAUGACCUGCAGAGCACCUAUGACAACCUGACUGGGGAUGUCCUCAUUUCGGCCGGUGUCAUUGCUUAUCUGGGAGCCUUUACAGCAGGCUUCAGACAGCACUGUACAAAAGAGUGGACUAACCUCUGCAAAUCAAGAAAUAUUCCCUCAUCUAAUGAGUUUUCCCUCAGUAAAACUCUGGGAGAUCCAAUUAAGAUCAGGGCUUGGAAUUUUGCAGGCCUUCCCAAUGACAGUUUUUCAAUUGACAAUGGAGUUAUUGUCAGUAAUUCAAGAAGAUGGCCUUUAAUGAUUGAUCCUCAAGGCCAAGCAAACAAGUGGGUGAAGAAUUCAGAAAAGGACAACAACCUGAGUGUCAUAAAGCUGACAGAUGCAGAUUAUAUGAGAACAUUGGAAAAUUGCAUCCAGUUCGGCACACCACUCCUGCUUGAAAAUGUGGGAGAAGACCUUGACCCUUCGUUGGAACCACUGCUCCUCAAGCAGACAUUCAAACAAGGAGGUGUUGACUAUAUCAGACUUGGAGAGAGUGUGAUUGAGUACUCUUCUGAUUUCCGUUUCUACAUCACUACUAAACUAAGAAACCCACACUAUCUGCCCGAACUAUCCACCAAAGUGUCUCUGCUUAAUUUCAUGAUAACCCCUGAAGGCUUAGAGGACCAGCUUUUGGGGAUUGUAGUUGCCAAGGAAAGACCAGAGCUGGAGGAGGAAAGAAAUGCCUUAAUCUUACAGUCAGCAGCCAAUAAAAGACAGCUGAAGGAAACUGAAGACAAAAUACUGGAAACAUUACAAUCCUCAAAGGGGAAUAUUCUGGAAGAUGAGUCUGCAAUUCAGAUUUUAGAUUCUGCUAAGAUUUUGUCAAACGAGAUAACAAAGAAACAGCAGAUUGCAGAGAAAACAGAGGUCAAAAUAGCAGAAUCUAGAGAAGGCUAUAGACCAAUAGCAAAGCAUUCAUCUACACUGUUCUUCAGUAUUGCUGACCUGAGCAAUAUAGACCCCAUGUACCAGUAUUCUCUCAGCUGGUUUGUCAACCUAUACAUUAAUUCUAUCCAAGACAGGGCAAAGAAUGAGAUUGAAUACUCCCAGUUUAUGUUUUUGCUGACUGGAGGAGUAGGCCUACAAAACACCAUUCCCAACCCUGACCCCUCUUGGCUUCAGGACAAGAACUGGGAUGAGAUCUGCAGAGCCAAUGAACUCCCGGGCUUACAGGGCAUAAAAAAUGAUUUUAUCAAAAACCCUGGGGAAUUCAAGGUGAUAUAUGAUAGCAAAGAUCCAGCAAACACUCCUCUACCUGCACCCUGGUGUGAAAAACUCAAUGAGCUUCAGAAGAUAAUCAUAAUUCGCUGUCUACGACCUGAUAAGAUGGUACCAGCUAUUACCAAAUAUCUGACUGACAAACUGGGGAAGACAUUUGUCCAACCACCUCCUUUUGACCUAAGUAAAAGUUAUGAAGACUCUAACGCCACCAUUCCACUUGUAUUUGUUCUGUGUCCUGGAGCGGAUCCUAUGGCCAGUUUGCUCAAAUUUGCCACUGACAAGAACAUGGCGGCUACAAAGUUCCAGUCUAUAUCUUUGGGACAAGGCCAAGGUCCCAUUGCUGCAAAAAUGAUUGCGACAGCUAUGCAGGACGGGUCGUGGUUUCCAGUGACAAUUCUACAAAAUGGUGUUAAAAUGACAAAUGAGCCUCCUACUGGUCUUCGACAAAAUCUUCUCCAGUCUUAUCUGUCUGAUCCGAUAUCUGAUCCAAACUUCUUCAGCAGUUGUCCCAAUAAAGAGAUGAUCUGGGAGAAGCUCUUGUAUGGACUAUGUUUCUUCCAUGCUCUUGUUCAGGAGAGAAAACAAUUUGGUCCACUAGGUUGGAAUAUUCCAUAUGGUUUUAAUGAGUCUGAUCUGCGCAUAAGCAUCAGACAGCUCCAGCUGUUUGUUAAUGAAUACGAUGAGGUGCCAUUUGAAGCUAUAACGUAUUUGACUGGAGAGUGUAACUAUGGAGGCAGGGUGACUGAUGACUGGGACAGACGACUGCUGUUGACCAUUUUAGCUGAUUUUUACAACACCAACGUCAUCAAGAAACCUCACUAUGCCUUCUCACCCAGUGGAGAUUACUGUGCACCACCUAAGUCUGCAUAUGAAGGAUAUAUAGAAUUCAUCAAGGAACUACCAUUCACCCAGCACCCAGAGGUUUUUGGGAUGCAUGAAAAUGUAGAUGUUUCCAAAGAUCUUCAACAAACAAAACUGUUAUUUGAUUCACUGCUACUUACUCAAGGAGGAGGAGGGAUAGGUGGAAGCAGCUCUGGGAGUGACAGCACGCUUUAUGACAUAGCCAAUAAUAUUCUCACCAAGCUGCCAAAGAAUUUUGACAUAGAAACAGCUCUUUUGAAAUUCCCUGUUCGCUAUGAGGAGAGUAUGAACACUGUGUUGGUUCAGGAGAUGGAGCGUUACAACACGUUGUGCACUACAAUCCGUGUUAGCAUCCAGAACCUGCUCAAAGCCAUCAAGGGGUUAGUGGUGAUGGAUGCUGAGCUGGAGGCGGUGGCUGGCAGUUUAAUAGUGGGGAAAGUGCCAGAAAGAUCCCUGAAGAGGAGCAACCCCCACCUCAGUGAAGAUGUGGUACUUAUCCGAGCUUUGCGGGACUCUAACCUUCCAAAGUUUCUCACAGAUGAUGCUGUCUUGUUUGGUGGGAUCUUAUCUGACUUAUUUCCUGGGGUGUCAAUCCCUGAGCAUGACUAUGGUGUUCUACAUUCCACUAUUGUAGAGUGUCUAGUUAAGGGCAAUUUACAACCUCUGCCUGCAAUGACCAAAAAGGUAAUCCAGUUGUAUGAGACUAUGCUAGUGCGCCAUGGAGUUAUGUUAGUUGGGCCAACUGGAGGGGGUAAAACUACUGUCUACACUAUUCUGGCCAACACACUGGAGACCCUUUAUAAUUCAGAGUAUAAGGAAACCAACCCCUUCUACCAGCCAGUCAAGACCUAUGUUCUGAACCCCAAAUCAGUGACAAUGGGAGAACUCUAUGGCGAGAUGAACAAUUUGACUCUUGAGUGGAUUGAUGGACUGAUGGCGUUGAGUGUUCGUGAUGCAGUUAGUGACACGACUGACGAUCACAAAUGGGUCAUAUGUGAUGGCCCCGUGGACGCCCUGUGGAUUGAGAACAUGAACACUGUGCUUGAUGACAACAAGAUGCUCUGUCUGGCCAAUAGUGAACGAAUCAAGCUCACUCCAUCAAUUCACAUGGUGUUUGAGGUUCAAGAUCUGGCUGUGGCUUCUCCAGCAACUGUCAGUCGAUGUGGAAUGGUAUAUAUUGAUCCAGAUGAGCUCAAAUGGAUGCCUUAUGUUCAGACAUGGAUCAAUGGUCUCGGAGACAAGUUUCCAGAGGCAGUCAGCAAAUAUCUCCUGGGGUUAUUUGAAAACUACGUGGAGAAGGGUCUUCAGUUUGUCUCAAAGAACUGUAUACAGGCUAUUCGCCAAGUGGACAUAAGUAAAGUCACCACUCUCUGUGCUUUACUUGAAGUAUUGCUGCUUGGCCAGGAAGGACCUGGAUUUACAAUGGAUGCACGUGAUCUCAACAGGGUUAUUUGCCAGACAUUUGUCUUCUGCUAUAUUUGGUCUGUUGGAGGCAAUCUGACAAGCACAUACUGGGAGUCCUUUGAGGCUUUUGUUAAAGAACAAUUUUCAGGCAACAGGGAUGCCGAGAUUCCAGAGCAAAUGGUUCUACGGAAUGUACACAUGAAUUUUAAGAACAUUCGUCUCCAACCGUGGGACAAAAUCAUUCCUGCUUUUAAGUACAAUAGUGAGCAGCCAUUUUUUGAGAUGCUGGUCCCAACCCCAGACACUGUGCGAUAUGGGUAUUUGAUGGAGAAACUGCUGUCUGUGCAACGCUCUGUACUUUUCACUGGUGAUACUGGAGUGGGGAAGUCAGUUGUUGCCCGUGAUCUACUAAACAGGAUACAAGAAAAGGAAGGAUAUCUUCCCAUCUUCAUCAACUUCUCUGCUCAAACUUCCUCUGCACGCACCCAAGAAAUUAUUGAGUCUAAACUGGAAAAGAAGAGAAAAAAUAUUCUUGGUGCUCCUGGAAAUAAAAAAUUGGUAGUCUUUGUGGAUGACUUGAACAUGCCUAAGCUGGACAGCUAUGGUUCUCAGCCACCCAUCGAACUCCUCCGUCAGUUCCAAGACUUCUCUGGGUUCUACGACAGAGGAAAGUUCUUUUGGAAAGAGAUCCAGGACAUGACUAUUGCAGCUGCAUGUGCUCCUCCGGGAGGUGGCCGCAACCCAAUAACUCCUCGAUUUAUCCGCCACUUCAGUAUGCUGUGUUUGCCUACACCAUCAGAGCUGUGCCUCAAACAGAUCUUCACGGCUAUCCUAAAUGGUUUCCUCACCGAGUUUGCAGGGGAAGCAAAGGCCUGCUCCUCUCACAUUGUGGACGCAGCUGUGGAGAUUUACAAUCGUUUGAGUUUGGAUUUGCUCCCCACUCCAGCAAAGUCUCACUAUGUCUUCAAUCUCAGGGACCUUUCCAAGUGUGUUCAAGGCAUAUUACAGUGUGAUUCUACUUAUGUGAAAACAAAGAAUCAGAUCUUUCGCCUUUUCUGUCAUGAAUGCCAGCGAGUAUUUCAUGACCGUCUUAUAAACAACCAGGAUAAGGCUUACUUCAAUACCAUCAUCUGUGAUAUGGCCAGUAGAUAUUUUAGCAUUACUAUGGAGCCUGAAAGCUUUGUGACACAUCCAAUUAUAUUCGGGGACUUUAUGACGGUGGGUGCAGAGAAAGAAGACCGCAUAUAUGAAGAUCUAACAGACAUAGAGAAGAUACAGGCUGUCCUGCAAGACUACCUUGAUGACUACAACCUGACCUUCUCCAAGGAGACGAAGUUGGUUUUCUUCCAGGAUGCUACUGAACAUGUCUCUAGAAUUGCCCGUGUGAUUCGCCAAGAGAGAGGAAAUGCACUCCUUGUGGGGGUGGGAGGAACAGGAAAGCAGUCUCUAACCAGACUAGCAGCUCAUAUGUGUGGCUAUCGGUGCUUUGAAAUCGAACUAACCCGAGGCUACAACUAUGACAGCUUUCAUGAAGACCUGAGGAGGCUCUAUAAGAUGGCUGGUGUGGAAGGCAAAGAUAUGGUGUUUCUCUUUACUGAUACUCAGAUUGUGGUGGAAGAGUUUUUGGAAGAUAUCAACAACAUGCUGAAUUCUGGUGAAGUGCCAAAUCUUUUUGAGAAGGAUGAGUUGGAACAAGUCCUGGCAGCCACUCGGCCAAAAGCGAAAAAGGCUGGAAUAAGUGAAGAGAACCGGGACGAGGUUUUCCAGUACUUCAUUUCUCGUGUUCGAGAGAAACUGCACAUAGUGUUGUGCAUGAGCCCUGUAGGUGAUGCCUUUAGGUCCCGAUGCCGGAUGUUCCCUUCACUUGUCAACUGUUGCACUAUUGAUUGGUUUAUACAGUGGCCACGGGAGGCUCUGCUUUCUGUCUCUCAGGCCUUUUUCCAGAACAUAGACUUUGGCAGUGCUCUUCUGAAACAGAGCUUUUCCACCAUGUGUGUGGAGAUACAUGUGAGUGUGUCCGACAUGGCUGAGCGCUACUACUCCGAGCUGAGACGCAGGUAUUACACCACACCUACCUCAUACCUGGAGCUCAUUAACCUCUACCUGUCCAUGUUGGGGGAAAAGAAACAACAAUUAGUCCUUGCAAAGGACCGUGUGAAGAAUGGACUGACAAAGUUGCUUGAGACCAAUAAGCUAGUGGACAAAAUGAAAGUGGACUUGUCGGCUUUGGAGCCAGUUCUUCAACAAAAGUCUAUUGAUGUUGAUGCUCUGAUGAAGAAGCUCGUUGUUGAUCAGGAGAAAGCUGAUGAGGUCCGUAGUGUGGUUAAAGAAGAUGAGGCUUCAGCUAAGUACCAGGCAAGCGAAACGCAAGCCAUUGCUGAUGAUGCCCAAAGGGACUUAGAUGAGGCUCUGCCUGCUCUGGAGGGAGCCAAUCAGGCCCUGAACUCCCUGGACAAGGCUGACAUCUCAGAGAUCAAAGUGUUUACUAAGCCCCCUGACCUGGUCAUGACCGUCAUGGAAGCUGUCUGCAUCCUGCUCAACUGCAAACCAGAUUGGCCAAGCGCUAAGCAGUUACUUGGAGAUUCAAAUUUUCUCAAGCGUCUAACUGACUAUGACAAAGACAAUAUUAAGCCACAGAUCCUGCAAAAGCUAGUGAAAUAUGUUAAUAAUCCAGAUUUCAUCCCCGAAAAGGUCGAGAAAGUUUCCAGAGCCUGCAAAUCAAUGUGCAUGUGGGUCAGAGCGAUGGAUCUGUACAGCAAGGUUCUGAAAGAAGUUCGCCCUAAAAGAGAAAAACUGGCCAAAGCACAAGAAGAACUGGAUGUGACUAUGGCAACCCUAAGGGACAAGCAGCAGAAGCUAAUGGAAGUUGAGAACAAGAUCCGUGUCUUACAUGAGCAGUUUAAGAGCAGUGAGAGAGAGAAGGAGGAUCUCGUGAACACCAUGGCUCUGACACAGGCUCGGUUAAGUAGAGCAGGGAAACUCACAUCUGCUCUUGGAGACGAGCAGGUUCGCUGGGACCAGAGUGUUGCCCAGUUUGAACAGGAGAUCAUCAACAUUGUGGGCAAUGUCUUUAUUGCUGCUGCCUGUGUGGCAUAUUAUGGAGCAUUUACCUCACACUAUAGACAGCUGCUAAUCGAGCAGUGGAUAAAACAGUGCCAAGGACUGAAUAUUCCCAUCAGCUCCAGCUUCAGCCUGAUUAAGAUUCUGGGUGACUCUUAUGUUAUUCGUCAGUGGAACACAGAAGGUCUGCCUCGAGACACAGUUUCCACAGAAAACGCCAUCUUGGUGACGCAGGGCCGCCGUUGGCCUCUCAUGAUAGAUCCACAGGACCAGGCCAACAGGUGGAUUCGUUCCAAAGAAGGCAAAAAUGGUUUAAAAGUAAUCAAAUUAACAGACCCAAAUUUUCUACGUACACUUGAAAAUGCAAUCCGUCUCGGCUCGCCUGUGCUGUUGGAGGAGCUUAAAGAGACCUUGGACCCUGCUUUGGAGCCUAUUCUGCUGAAACAGACUUUUGUAUCAGGUGGACGUACUCUGAUCCAUCUUGGGGACUCAGAUAUUGACUAUGACAAAAACUUCAAAUUUUAUAUGACAACAAAAAUGGCUAAUCCACAUUAUCUCCCAGAGGUGUGUAUCAAAGUUACUAUUAUUAAUUUCACUGUGACCAAGUCUGGCCUAGAAGAUCAACUACUAAGUGAUGUUGUUCGCCUGGAGAGUCCCCAUCUGGAAGAGCAGAGGAAUGAGCUGAUUGUUCGAAUUAACAAAGACCGCAACCAGCUAAAAGACAUUGAGGACCGCAUACUGAAGCUGCUGUUUACAUCUGAAGGAAAUAUACUUGAUAAUGAGGAGCUUGUUCAAACGCUGCAGGAGUCUAAGGUGACAUCUGAGGCUAUAAAAGUUCGCCUAGAGGAAGCAGAGGCCACAGAGGUCAUGAUCAAUACAGCAAGAGAGCGAUACCGCCCCGUAGCCACCCGCGGCUCUGUAUUAUAUUUUGUUGUCGCCAGUCUCUCUGAAAUCGAUCCAAUGUACCAGUUCUCACUCAAGUACUUCAAACAGCUGUUUGUCACCACAAUCGAGACAUCCCAGAAGAGCAGCAUCCUGGAGGAGCGUCUUCAGAUCCUACUUGACCAGAUCCUGCUGAAUUCCUACAUAAACGUGUCUCGCGGUCUGUUUGAGCAGCACAAGCUCAUCUACAGCUUCAUGUUGUGUGUGGACAUCAUGAGGCAGAGACAAGAGAUCUCAGAGGUCGAGUGGCAGUUCUUCCUCCGAGGAGCUGCCUCACCGGACAAGGAAAACCCAGAUCGUCCUGAUGUACCAUGGAUAAGUGAUUUUUACUGGAAGACUUGUUUUCAACUUGAUCACAUCCUGCGCUGUUUCAAAGGCAUAUCCAAUGAAAUCACCAAGACUCACAUCAAUAUUAAACUAGGACGUUUUCAAGCAUCACUUAAUCCAGAGACCUGGGAGGGCUAUGUCAAAGAUCUACUGCCUCUUGAGGAAUCCAACAGGACCAAGGAAGGCGGAGUCAAGGGUCACUGGAACGAGAGACUGGGGUCUUUCCAGAAAUUAAUCUUAAUCAAGUGCUUAAUGGAAGAGAAGGUUGUAUUCGCUGCUACUGAGUUUGUGAUUGUCAAUUUGGGGAAACAGUUUGUGGAGAACCCCCCAGUUGACCUUGCCAACCUGUACAACGACAUGUCUCCCUGCACCCCACUCGUGUUCAUCCUCAGCACCGGCUCUGAUCCCAUGGGUGCCUUCCAGCGCUUUGCCAAAGAACGAGGCUAUCUUGAAAAGGUUGAGUCUAUUUCAUUGGGGCAGGGACAAGGGCCGAUAGCCGAAAAGAUGAUACGUGAAGCAAUGGAAAGUGGGAACUGGGUAUUCCUUCAGAACUGUCAUUUAGCUGUGUCCUGGAUGCUGGCAAUGGAGGAACUUAUCAAAACAUUCUCAGAACCAGAUACAAAGAUCCAUGAAAACUUCCGGUUAUUCUUGAGCUCUAUGCCCACAAAAGUAUUUCCUGUCACAGUAUUGCAAAACUCUGUUAAGGUGACGAAUGAGCCUCCCAAAGGACUGCGAGCAAAUAUGAGAAGAGCCUUCACAGAAAUCACCACAAACUUCUUUGAGGACCAUGUUCUAGGAAACCACUGGAGAAAAAUCGUCUUUGGUAUAUGCUUUUUCCAUGCAAUAAUCCAGGAGCGGAAGAAGUUUGGCCCUCUAGGCUGGAACAUCCGUUAUGAGUUCAAUGAUAGUGACAGGGAGUGUGCUCUGCUUAACCUCAACCUGUACUGCAAAGACGGCUCCAUCCCGUGGGACGCACUUGUUUACAUCACUGGUGAGAUCACAUAUGGAGGCAGAGUGACAGAUGUUUGGGAUCAGCGAUGCCUAAGAACCAUUUUGAAAGGCUUCUUCUCACCUCCAUCUCUGAGUCCAGGCUACACUUACUCUUCCUCAGGGAUCUACUAUGCCCCAGAGUCUAGUCAUCUCAAGGACUUCAGGGAUUAUAUAGAAAGUCUCCCCAUUAUUGAUGAUCCAGAGGUGUUUGGUAUGCACGAGAACGCCAACUUGGCUUUUCAGCGACAAGAAACUUUAUCUUUAAUUAGCACCAUACUGGAUGUGAACCCUCGAUCUGCAGCCACUCAUGGGGCCAAGAGUAAUGAUGAUGUAGUCUGCGAGUUGGCUAUGUCCAUCUUGGAAAAACUCCCUAAGCAUCUGGACAUGAGUGAAGCUACAGAGUCCCUGUUUAUCCGAGAUGAACAUGGACGCUUGAACUCGCUCACAACCGUGCUGGGCCAGGAGGCAGAUCGAUUCAACAAUUUACUCAAAGUGCUCAAGACUUCUCUUGUAACGCUACAAAAGGCCAUUGGGGGUCUGGUAGUGAUGUCAGAGGAGAUGGACCGUAUCUACACGAGCUUCCUCAACAACCAGGUCCCGAGUCACUGGGCCAACUCUGCAUACCCCUCCCUCAAAACACUCGCCUCAUGGGUCAAAGAUCUGGUGCUCAGAACAUUUUUUAUUCAGACUUGGAUCACACGUGGACAGCCCAAAUCGUUCUGGAUCUCUGGGUUCUUCUUCCCUCAAGGCUUUCUCACUGGAGUGCUGCAGAAUCAUGCAAGACAUUACAAUUUGCCUAUCGAUGAGUUGAGCUUUCGCUUUAACAUGGUGCCGGCCUACAGGGAUCAGGCUGUUGUGAGUGAAGUGAUACGAGGUCUCCCAGAAAAUGCUAAACUUGACAUGGAUGAUGAGCUGCCUGAUCCAAAGGACGGAGUUCUGAUCCAUGGGGUGUUUAUGGACGCGAGCCGCUGGGACGAUGACAACAUGGUGAUUGCAGACGCUUUACCCCGAGUGAUGAACUCCAUGUUACCAGUGGUGCACUUUGAGCCUCAGCAGAACUACACCCCUGAUCCCAAACUGUACGAGGCUCCUCUGUACAAGACCUCUGCUCGGGCUGGGACUCUCUCCACUACUGGCCACUCUACAAACUUUGUCGUGACAGUCAUGCUUCCGUCCAGCCAACCAAGUGAUUAUUGGAUCUCCAAAGCUUCUGCUCUACUGUGUCAGUUGGAUGACUAGCUUUUGUCUUUGCUUCAUGUUUAAAUAAACAUAUUUGGAACAUA